UUGGGUCAUACGUUGCACCGCCCACGCAAUAUGGCGCCUCCUGACUGGUCGGUAACCCUCAUUGCAACUGCAUCAUUUUGCAGCGUGUUAUGUUUAUGUCUUCGUUUUAGGCGCACAGGACGUACCAUUUGGAAAAGCUUUUUUGGUCAAAUAAUGGCACGCACUGAGAAACCCCUGUUUCGGAUCGCGUAUACAUUGUACACAAGAACCAAACUUGGUUACAUGUACUACAAGAGGCAGAUGAGGAAGGCACGCGAGCAGUUCCCCACUGGGCAUUCCAGAGCACAGCCCAUGGAAUUAAAUGGUAUUAAAAUCAUGCCCAUUUCAGUGCUGUCUGAUAACUACAGCUACCUUGUCAUUGACAUGGCCUCGAGCGUUGCAGUGGUGGUAGACCCUGCAGACCCACAGACAGUUCAGGCAGUCCUCGAGGAAGAAGGGGUGAUGUUAGAAGCGAUCCUCUGCACACACAAACACUGGGACCACAGUGGGGGUAACAAAGGACUUAAAAAGCUGUACAGCUCAUGUCGUGUUUAUGGAAAUGCAACUGAUAACAUUCCUGGCCUCACACACCCACUGACAGACAAAGACUCUAUAGACGUGGGCCGUAUGCACUUCAAGGCACUGUUCACACCUGGACACACAGUGGGUCAUAUGAUCUACCUCCUGGAUGGUCGUACCAUAGGAGCCCCCUCCAGCCUGUUCUCAGGUGACCUAGUGUUCCUCUCUGGAUGCGGGAGGAUGUUUGAAGGCAGUGCCUUAACAAUGCUGUCGUCACUAGACACGGUCGGCUCCUUGAGUGAUGAAACCCUCUUAUGGCCUGGCCAUGAGUAUGCAGAGGACAACCUGAUGUUUGCUGCCGAGGUGGAGCCCCACAACGCUGCCAGGGAAAACAAGUACCAGUGGGUCCUACAACAGAGAGGUCAAAAGCUGUGUACGAGUCCCUCCACCAUUGGAGAGGAAAAGGAGUACAACCCAUUCCUGCGCAUCCACUCCUCUGAGCUGCACCAGGCUUUGGGCCUCCAGCAGGACCAGGAUGAGGACUGGACACUGUUCCGGGCUCGGGUCUUGGAGGAGCUGCGAAGGCGCAAGGAUAUUUACAAGGGCAGAUAGCGAUGAGAAUACAUUUGAACAAAAUGCCUUGAGGUGAAUUAAGCCAAUUGGGAACUCUAUAUUGAUGUAAUGUGAGGUUCAAAAUAAAUACAGGCAGAUGUCUUUUUUUUUUCUUA